AUGCUAUUGGAUGCUAUGGUCGGACAAAAUCGGGACCAUAGCCCAAAAGUGGUGGACCUCGCCAGUAUCCACGAAAUUCCGGGAAAUAUGCCUGCUCCAAAGGAGUCAAAGAAACAGACCGACCUAAACGGUCAAACGGGUGUUAAUGGCAACAUUCCACCCCCUAAAACAGACAAGCCUCGGCCCCACGUCUGCACCACCUGCGGUCGCUCGUUCGCGCGAUUGGAGCACCUCAAGCGCCAUGAGCGCUCGCACACAAAGGAAAAGCCAUUCGAGUGUCCGGAUUGCGCCCGGUGCUUUGCUCGGCGCGAUUUGCUCCUGCGACACCAGCAGAAGCUACACAUGACCACCACGCCGUCUUCUCGACCAAGAAACGGUCGCCGUGAGAGCACCGGCGCCGCACCCGGUGCUAACCGGGUUCGCAAGAACUCCAUUGCCAAUAGUUCAUCUGCUUCGAUGCGCCCGAGGGCCAACACUAUUAGCCACGUUGAUGGGGCGGCAUUGGGUAUCCCCGGUGCUGGUAAUCCGUCAUCUGCGCCCACUCAAUCGGGUCACGCAUAUCACCCCAGCCUUAGUUCUUCUGUUGGCUCAAGCAUGGAUUAUAGGGGAUUCGGCUCUGGACACCCUUCGAUGAACGGCCUUGCGAAGAUCGAAACUUCCGGACUUCCCAUGGACAUGUCUGGAGGCCUUCGGACGGCUCCCGUCUAUGGGAGCUUUGAUACGGGUAUCGAUGGUAUGCUCAUGGGUCACGGUAGCACCAUCAACCCAGCGCAAUUACACUUCGCAGGAUCCCCGCAAGGCUUCAAUGAUUCACCCUCAUCUCCGUUCGGCCACUACCACAAUGGACUUGCACCCUCUGCGGAUCCCAUGAUGGAUGAAGACAUGCACUUUGACUGGAUGAACGGGUUUGACACAGGCGUGGUUAUGGGAAAUGGGAACGACUCGGUUAUUGACGAGUCAUCGCCAUCAGCAAUGAGCACGGGUAGCCAGAGCGGAAUCAGCGAGGCCAUGCUGGAUGGCCCGAAUCGCAUUCCCAUCUCCAAUGGUUGGCACAACCCGUUCCCUGCGCACCACCCAGCAAACCAGUUCGCGAUCGAUUUUUCCCCAACGACGUUGAAUGAUAUGGGGAUCCCCCCGGAGACGGUGUCGCCCAAGUCUCUAAUGACCCAUAAUCCGUUUUCUGAAACUGCCCUUCGAAAUGAACAUUCACCAGUCUCAACGGAUACAUUUACAGACUCCACACGACAGGCUCUAUUAGCGAGCAUGUCGACCCCCACUGGCUUCAAUCAUCGCAAGUAUUCCCAGCCCGCAAGUGGACUUCUAAACAGUCGCGAGCUGUUCGCCCGCUCGACUGGCUUCAACAGCUCCGGUCAAUUGCCCAGCACCUCGGACUUGCAGCGGUACAUCUCGGCAUACAUCACCUACUUCCAUCCCCACAUCCCGUUUCUCCAUAUCCCCACCCUCAAUUUCCAAGCUCCCCAAUACACGAACAACCUGCGCACGCCAAGCGGACAUCUCAAUCUCAGCUCGACCGGUGUCGCUGGAGGCGGGGGCUGUCUGAUCCUCUCCAUGGCGGCUAUCGGUGCCCUGUACGAGUACGAAUCUGCCGACUCCAAGGAUCUCUUUGACGCCGCCAAAAAGAUGAUUCAGUUAUACCUCGAAGAACGGCGAAAGGCCGACAUGUCUGCUGCUCUCAAUCGUUCGCACUCCCCCCGCGAUAACUCGGUACACAACACUCCGCUUUGGCUUGUGCAAGCGAUGCUGUUGAACGUGAUAUACGGCCACACUUGCGGUGACAAGACAUCGGCAGACAUUGCUAGCACGCACUGUGCUGCCUUGGUCAGCCUAGCACGCGCAGCCGAAUUAACACAUCACCUGGAUCCUCAGAACCUGCCUCAAGAUCAUCUCACUGCUGGUAACAACGGUAAUGAUUCGCCUAGCGACACAGAAAACUGGAUGUCCUCGUCAUUUAGCCAACCAAAAGAGCGCCGAGAUUGGUUGAAUUGGAAGCUUGUGGAGGAGCGAAAACGUACCCUUUACGCUAUCUUUGUUCUUUCCAGCUUCCUCGUCUCAGCCUACAAUCAUGCACCUGCACUCACAAAUUCGGAAAUCCGACUUGACCUUCCCUGUGAAGAGGACCUCUGGGCGGCUGAAUCGCCCCAGGCGUGGAAGCAGAUGGGCGGCCAAACAGCCUCGAAGAAGACAUUGUUAUUUUCUGCUGCUUUAACGUCUCUUCUAACUGCCAGCCAACGAGAGCAGAGUCAAUCAGCGAACCUCUUCUACAACUCCGACGAUCUGUCGAAUUCUGAAAACCGCCCUAGUACUUUCGGCUGCCUGGUACUCAUUUACUCGCUACACAAUUACAUCUGGGAAACCCGACAAAGGCACAUGGGCCGACAAUGGACCGCCCAGGAGACCGAUGCUAUGCAAUCGCACAUCGAGCCCGCUCUACGGGCAUGGCAAGCAGCAUGGGCCAGCAACCCUGUCCACAGCCUAGAGCGACCGAAUCCUUUUGGGGCCGGACCAUUGUCUGCAGACAGCAUUCCCCUUCUAGAUCUCGCCUAUGUUCGUUUGUUUGUCAACCUAGGGCGAUGCAAAGAGGCAUUCUGGCAACGCGAUUGGAAUGGCAUGGCGGAUGAGCUCGCACGUGGAACCGAUAUCUUCCAGCACCCAGAUGCGGGAAUGAACGAUGUUGUCGACCCAUCUCUCACAGGUCAUCUCGAUACGAGACGAGACUCUAUUGCCGACCUAGGAGUAUCAGAGCUAGCCAUAUCCAGGACCCCGACACAAGAGGAACCCAUGCAGACUUUGUCCAAUAUCUACAAGAUCGGCCAAUCCAAGCGUGAAAAGCACCUGCGCAAAGCAGCAUUCUACGCAGCGGAUUCCAUCUCCAUGUCGGAUCGUCUUGGUAACACCUUUGCUGAGUUCUCGUCGCGCGAACUACCCAUCCAGUGCGCGUUGUGUGCUUUCGAUUGUGCACAGGUGCUGGCAGAGUGGAUCACCACUGUUCAAGAACGGGUGGGCCCCUACCUUGGUGUCCUAGGUCGCGACGAUGCCGACUUGACUCAAGUACCUGGAGUCAUGCUUCUAGAGGACGAGGAUUGCAAGCUAGUGGAUAAGAUCAAGGAUAUCCUGGGGAGUAUUGAGAUGAAAAUGCAGCGCCAGGUCCAAAAUGGCAACUCCAUAUCCGCGCUGAGCGUCGUGCAACGGCUACCCAGUGUCGUGGAAGGGGGAUACGGAUGUAAAAUAUUGAUUGCGACAGCUAGUCUCUUGGAAAGAGCUGCUGUCUGGCCAGUGACGAAACUGAUGGCCCGUUCUCUGGAAGCCCAAGCCAUGCGAAUGAAGGAGCGUACUGAGCACUCCGUGAUGAUGACCACUUAAUGCCC